AUGCUCUCAGACCUCACUCUCUCACCUCACUCUCACAUCCCACUAUCUCACCCCACUAUCUCACCCCACUCCUGCUCUCCACUCCUGCACCACUGUUGGACCCCACUUCCAUACUUCACACUCUCAUCUCCCACCCCACUCUCUCACCUCCCACACUCGCACCUCACUUCACCCUACUCUUGCAUCUCUCACACCUCACUCUCUCACUCCACUCUUGCAUCUCAUUUUCUCACCCCUCUCUCACACCUGCUCUUGCACUCCACUCAGGCACCUCACACUCUCACCCCACACUUGCAUCCCACUCUCACAUCACCCACUCUUGCACCCCACUCUCGCACACCCCACUCAUACCUCCUACUCUCACCGCACUCUCGAACCUCACUCUCUCACUCUUCUCUCGCACCUCAACUCUCACCUUGCUGUCGCACCUCACACCACUCUUGCACUCCACUCUCCUCUUGCAUCUCACCUCACACUCUCACCCCGCUCUCUAACCCCGCCCUCUCACCUCACACUCUCGCCCGCUCUCGCACCUCACACUCUCACCCUGCUAUCACACCCUGCUCUCGCACCUCACACUCUCACCCUGUUCUCACACCCUGCUCUCACACCUCACACUCUCACCCUGCUCUCACACCUCCCACUCUCACCCCACUUGCGCACCUCACACUCUCACCUCACCCUGCUCUCGAAUCUCACACUCCCACCUGCUCUCAAACCUCACACUGCUCUUGCACAUCACUUAACUCUCACACCUCACUCUCUCACCCAGCUCUUGCAUCUCACCUCACACUCUCACCCUGCUCUCUCACCUCACACUCUCACCCCGCUCUCUCACCUCACACUAUCACCUGCUCUCGCACCUCACACUCUCACCCUGCUAUCACACCCUGCUCUCGCACCUUACACUCUCACCCUGUUCUCACACCCUGCUCUCACACCUCACAGUCUCACCCUGUUCUCUCACCUCACUCUCUCACCCCACUUUCGUGCAUCCCACUCUCACACCUCCAACUCUCACCUCUUAUUCUCACCCAACUCUUACACCUCACUCUCUCACCUUGCUCUUGCAUGCCACUCAUGCACCUCACUCUAACACCUCUCAUUCUUGUAUCUCACUCUUGCACCUCACUCUCUCACCAUGCUCUCAGACCUCACUCUCUCACCUCACUCUCACAUCCCACUAUCUCACCCCACUAUCUCACCCCACUCCUGCUCUCCACUCCUGCACCACUGUUGGACCCCACUUCCAUACUUCACACUCUCAUCUCCCACCCCACUCUCUCACCUCCCACACUCGCACCUCACUUCACCCUACUCUUGCAUCUCUCACACCUCACUCUCUCACUCCACUCUUGCAUCUCAUUUUCUCACCCCUCUCUCACACCUGCUCUUGCACUCCACUCAGGCACCUCACACUCUCACCCCACACUUGCAUCCCACUCUCACAUCACCCACUCUUGCACCCCACUCUCGCACACCCCACUCAUACCUCCUACUCUCACCGCACUCUCGAACCUCACUCUCUCACUCUUCUCUCGCACCUCAACUCUCACCUUGCUGUCGCACCUCACACCACUCUUGCACUCCACUCUCGUGCACCCCACUCUGACACCUCCCACAUUUACCCUGCUCUCACACCUCACUCUCUCACCUUGCUCUGCACCCCUCUCUCACACCUCCCACUCUCACCCCACUUCUCUUGCAUCUCACCUCACACUCUCACCCCGCUCUCUAACCCCGCCCUCUCACCUCACACUCUCGCCCGCUCUCGCACCUCACACUCUCACCCUGCUAUCACACCCUGCUCUCGCACCUCACACUCUCACCCUGUUCUCACACCCUGCUCUCACACCUCACACUCUCACCCUGCUCUCACACCUCCCACUCUCACCCCACUUGCGCACCUCACACUCUCACCUCACCCUGCUCUCGAAUCUCACACUCCCACCUGCUCUCAAACCUCACACUGCUCUUGCACAUCACUUAACUCUCACACCUCACUCUCUCACCCAGCUCUUGCAUCUCACCUCACACUCUCACCCUGCUCUCUCACCUCACACUCUCACCCCGCUCUCUCACCUCACACUAUCACCUGCUCUCGCACCUCACACUCUCACCCUGCUAUCACACCCUGCUCUUGCACCUUACACUCUCACCCUGUUCUCACACCCUGCUCUCACACCUCACAGUCUCACCCUGUUCUCUCACCUCACCCUCUCACCCUGCUCUCACACCUCACACUCUCACCUCUCUCUCACCUCACACUCUCACAACUCACACUCUCACCUGCUCUCCCCCCUCACACAAUCACCUUGCUCAUGCACCUCACUCUCUCACACCUCACACUCUCACCCUGCUCUCAAACCUCACACUCUCAUCCCUCUCACUCGCACCUCACUCUCACAUCUCACGCUCUCACCCUGCUGCCACACCUCACUCUCUCACCUUGCUUUUAAACCUCACACUCUCACCCCACUCUUACACCUCACACUCUCAUCCCGCUCUCGCACCUCACACUCUCACCCCACUUUCGCACCUCACACUCUCACCCCACUCUCUCAUCUCACACUCUCACCCCAUUCUCUCAACUCACAAUCUCACCCUGCUAUUGCACCUCACUCUAACCCCUCGCACCUCACACUCUCACCCCGCUCUCUCACCUCACACUCUCACCCUGCUCUCUCACCUCACCUCACACUGCUCUCUCACCUCACACUCGCACCUCACCCUGCUAUCACACCUAACACUCUCACCCUGCUCUUGCACCUCACUUUCACCUCCUACUCUCACCCCUCUCUUACACCUCACUCUCUUACCUUGCUCUCGCACCCCACUCUUGCACUCCACUCAUGCACCUCACUCUCGCACCCCACUCUUGCACCCCAUUCUCCCACCCUCUUUUUCACCCACUCUCAUCCUACCCUCUCAUCCCACUUCCUCAUCUCACUCUCUCAUCCCAACUUUCUCACCCCACUCUCGAACCCCUUUUGA